AUGGUGAUAAAGAAGCGUAGACUAAUCAAGAAGGUUAACAAACAAGGGACUUGCCAAAAUACUUUUCUUAAAAGGACUACUUCCAUAGAAAGAAGCUUGAACAUGAUUGCUGGUGCGUUUUACAUCCCAAAGGACAACAAGCUAAAGCCUCUAGGGGAGGAUGCUCACUUCAUUUGUGCAGAGGAGCAGACCAUUGGUGUUGCAGAUGGUGUCGGUGGCUGGGCAAGAAAGGGUGUGGAUGCAGGCAAAUAUGCCCGAGAACUCAUGGCUAAUGCUGUCUGUGCAGUUGAAGAUCAACCUGAGGGUUCUGUUGAUCUGAAGAUGGUCUUAAAUGAAGCUUUCUUAAACACCGAGGCUAGAGGAUCAUCAACCGCGUGCAUUCUCACAAUUAAAGGCCACUGCUUGCACGCUGUGAAUGUAGGAGACAGUGGAUUCGUGGUAAUCAGAGAGGGAAAAAUCAUAUAUCAGUCACCAGUGCAACAACAUAGAUUUAACAGUCCCUAUCAGUUGGGCAACACAGCGGAUAGCCCGAGUUUAGCUGAGGAGUUUGAAGUUGUAGUAGAAGCUGGGGACAUCGUCGUUGCUGGGACUGAUGGAUUGUUUGAUAACUUGCAUCCAGCAGAGAUUGAGGAUAUAGUUAGCCUGUGUUUGAGGCAACGUAACAUGCCAGAGCUAUUAGCUUGGACCAUGGCAAAAGUUGCUCGGGAAAAAUCCCUGAACGAAUGGACUGAUAGUCCCUUUGCAAUGGCUGCUUAUGAUGCAGGAGUAGAACACUUGGGAGGCAAAUAUGACGAUAUUACAGUGAUUGUCGCCUAUAUUCUUUCUCCAGAUUUGUUCUAG